AUGUACGAAGGGAUUGACAAUCUGAAAUAUCUUUACGACCGUGACGGGAAGACUUUCUCCGGCGGUCCUUCUGCGGCACAGGAUGUGCCGCGUCGUACUGCUCAACCAGACCCAGUACGUCGAUCAUCAGUUGGGAGCGGGGCUCCCAAGAAUCCCAGGACGGGGGAUAGCCGCGCCACCGGACGAGAAAACUCGUCCGACGUCCGUUCACGUCGCCGUGGUUCAACAUUUGCUCAACUAGAUAGCGCUGUCCACCGCAAGAGUCCUCUAGUGGAGGUGGAGGAGGAGGAGGAAAGAAGCUCUACACACGAUCAUGGGGAUCGGUGUGUUCCCGAGAGCUUCUUUGAUCGCGUAACGCAAGGGUUACGCGAGGAUCUCGAACAUGAGCGGAAUAGACGUCUCCAAAUGGCGGAAACUGCCUCGAAGCAUCGAGCUGAGUUUGCCUUUGCUCAGCUUGAGAACGAGAGAUCUCUGACAUCUCUUCGUGACGAGCCAAGGGUAGCUCGUGGGAUUGUUGAUCGGUCUCGGGAUGAGAUAGCUGCUCUUCAGACCCUUGUUGAUGCCCACCAUCGGGAGCACAAGGCUCUCUGCGAGAUGCUUGAGCGCAAGGGCGUUCUUCAUCGGAAGAAGCAGCGUACUGAUGGUACGGCUUAA